UCGUGGCAGCUUUGCGACUCGUUUUUUUUUCCCCGAAAAACGCGUCGUUACCUCUCCCUCUCCCUCUAAUUGUUAAAAAAAAUAAUAAUCAUCGUUCACUGAGUUUAUUUGUUUUCAUCACCGAUGAUAUUGCGACUGAGUAAAAACAGUUGAAAAGGGAAAUAAUAAUUGGACGCGCGAUAAGGGAAAAAUCGAGUGCUCGGCGAAGUAUUUGAAGGAGUAAUUGACAAAAUGCCAUCAGCGGACUCCAUGUGACUCAUCAUUAAUCCGAUGAUUCUCUCGUGAUCAAUCAAAUGGAUUUAUUAGUGGAUUAUUGCGAAUUUUUACCGACGAAUGUUGUGUCUUCAGACGAUAUCGGGGCGUCCAACGGACGCUUGCGCUACGCUACUCACACUUUGUGGGAAAAAAAACCAAUGCCAAUGAUUGUAUGAAGUGAUUUCAACGUCAUCGGAUAUUGUUCAAGAUUGUAUUCACUGAUUGUUGUUCGUAUGAUUUGAUCCGUGUGGUUAUGCUGUUGUGGUGAUUGUGGGUGCGCGAGUGCUAUCAUUUGGAAAUUCUGUUCAAGGCUCGGGCUGAGGGGUCACUGGCAUCACAGUUGUUCGGGAUUUAUUGAUUCAUCUGGUGGAUAAUUAGUUUUGUGGAUUGUAUUCAAGUUAUCACGCGUGGAUACGUCGCACGAUAUGGAUUGGGCGAUCAAGGCGCGACGAACACUGGGCCGUUUCGUACCGAGCAAAAAUGAAGACACGAGGAAUAAAGGGAAUCGUUGCGUGAGCGGGGGUGGCAGCCGCGGUAGCGGUGCGACCGGUACAACCGGGCCAACUGGUGCAACUGGUGGGGGUGGUAACAACGUCCUUGCUAACGACGGUAGUGUUAUAGUUGGUCGUGGGGCCCUCUACGGGGGUGGUGGGGGCGGCGGUAGCCCCAGACGUGGAGGUGGUCAAGAGGGUGGUGGACAACCACCUAUCAACGGUCAUUAUAACGGUCAUCAUACCACUAGUACAAGACACCACAGGCACAAAGUGUCGGCUGGCUGUGUUGAACUACGCCAUCAUCCACAUCAUCACCGACACCACCCCCACUAUCGCUCCCAUCAUCGGGGCAUGACCAUGGGCCAAAAGAUAUCAGGCGGCGUGAAGAGCGUGACGCGUGAAAGCGGAGCGGGAGCGGGUGGAGGAGUUGGAGUUGGUGGUGGUACAAUGCCACCAUACAAACCAGUGGUGCCACGUGAACUUGCUCAGGACUUCUCGAGGCCGGCGCGCCUCGAUGUACUCCUUGAUAUGCCACCGGCGUCACGAGAAGCACAAGUACACCAUGGAUGGAAUGCUGAAGACCGGAGUCUCAACAUAUUCGUCAAGGAAGACGACAAACUGACGUUUCACCGUCAUCCAGUUGCCCAGAGUACAGACUGCAUAAGAGGGAAAAUUGGUUACACAAAGGGUAUGCACGUGUGGGAAGUUAAUUGGAGUACGAAACAACGUGGUACACAUGCAGUUGUUGGUGUUGCAACCGCCGAUGCACCAUUACACAGUGUUGGCUAUCAGAGUCUAGUCGGCAAUAAUGCACUCAGUUGGGGCUGGGACUUGGGUAGAAAUAAACUUUAUCACGACUCUAAGAAUAACAAUGGCGUUACGUAUCCAGCGCUACUUAAACCUGAUGAGACGUUUGUUGUACCAGACAAAUUUUUAGUUGUCCUUGACAUGGAUGAAGGGACGUUAGCAUUUGUCGUCGAUGGCCAGUACCUGGGUAUAGCAUUCAGAGGAUUAAAAGGAAGAAAGUUACACCCCAUUGUCUCCGCAGUGUGGGGACACUGUGAGAUUACGAUGAAAUACAUCGGUGGCCUUGACCCCGAGCCUCUGCCUCUGAUGGACCUCUGUCGAAGAGUAAUCCGCCAAAGAAUCGGUAAACACCGACUCGAAAGAAUUCAAGACCUAAAUUUGCCCCAGGCCAUGAAGACUUACCUUCUGUACCGUGACAGGAGGUAACCACCACACUUGAUUCAUCAACAAAUACCCGAUAAAAUCAUCGACGUAUGUCCACAUAAUGCCCAGCUGCCUUGCAAGCAACCGAGAACAAUCCACGUGUAGUCUCGUGUCUCUUUCUCCUCUAAAAAAUAAAUGAUGAGUCGUUAAUGGUGAGCGUCAAUGUCCCAUAAAACAUUAACAAGUUCAAAAGAUUAAAAAAAAUUCUCAAAUUGCCAUUGAGAACGACUCUCAUCGAUGAAAAAUAAAAAUCUAGCGAAUUAUUAGGUAAUUGUUGUUUUAUGUUGUCAAUACGACAUCGUCGUAGAGUCUUUAUUAAUUGUUAUAAGCCGAUAAAGAAUGUGUGACCGUUUAUAAUUUAGUUUUUCAAAUGGUUCCACUCAUUUCUUAAGCGUUUAAUUAAUUUUCUUUCAUCUUCAGUUGUAUUGUGAUGGCUGAAAAAUUUAAUUUACCGUUUUGUUUUGAUUUAUUCGAGUGGAGAUGAUGAUGAAAGAAGAAUAAUUAAAGGAAAAACUGGCGAUUUUCGUUUUUGACUUUUGUUAAUUGGCGAUUAUCUCGGGAACGAGUGGGUUUGGGGGAAAAUGUCAGAAAAUAUUUUUUGUGGAGAAUUGAAUUUCUCAGAAGAAGUGUAUUAUGACAUUUUUCUCUAAACCCAGUGAUUUCGGAGAUAAUUGCACUUUUAGGGGGCAACAACGAAAAUUGUCAGUUGUCAUCAAUGAUUCAGCGAUUUAGUAAUAAAAUUGAUGGAGACACGUGGGGACUCGAGAUGACCGUGACCCUGAGGAUUCAUGGUUGGCCAGUAAAUAAAAACAGUUAGACUUAGUCGAGCCUGAAGACUGACAGUGGUCAUUGGUACCUAGAUUGCAACAAAUGAGAGAUAAUUUUUAAAGAUUGAGGGAUUGAAUAUCUUAAAUCCUCGGUAAUUGUUGUACAUGUCUAGUCUGAUAAUGGUAAUGGGCAGUUGUAGCUGGUGAAGAUGAUGAGGACAAGUGGAAAUUGACGAAAUUAUGAACUUUUAAUUAAUAAAAUGAUGAUUGAAAUGGAAGAGAUGGAAUAAAGUGUACAGUGACGAAUUAAUAACACUAGGAGGGGAUUUAUUAAUUGUGAGAGGUGAUUAAUCAACAGCUGAUCCCUUCCAUAGACUCGUUUUUCAAAUAUUUUCUAAGCAUGCUAGGUAUAAUGAUAAAUAGAAGUGUGAGCGUGUCGUUGGGGCAAGAUUUUUUGAAAAUUGAAAAACAUCAAUGAGAGAUUUUUGAUGAUGUAAAAGAACGAAAUGACUGUGUGGACCGAUUGAUUUAUUUACGUUUUAUUCAUUUCACUUUAUGUAUGUUUUUUUGUUCGUUACGAAUGUAAAAUUUAAUCGUCAAUCUGGUCAUUUUUGUGUCAUGAUGCGUGAUGAUGAAAUAAUUGGUUAUGACGAUAUUAAUAAGACGAAUUUGUGGAGUUUUUGGGAUUAUCUCGGUAGUGAGGGGGUUUAGGGGGAAAUGGCUGUUGACAUUUUCCUCUGGAACCACUCGUUAACGAGAUGAUUCAACAAUUAACGAGUGUCUAAACAAUUUAUGACAAUUGGACUUAUGUUGAUUGGUGAUUAUCUCGUUAAUGAGGGAUUUCAGCGGAAAAUUUCAGAAGACACUUUUUGUAGAGCAUUAAAUUUCCCAGAAAAAAAUGUCUAUUAACAUUUUUCUCUAAAUCCAGUAGUUUCCGAGAUAAUUAUGAAAUUGCGAGGAGGACACGAGAUUUGACAUUUUCCCUAUUUGUGAGAUGAAUAUAAUUAAUUACCUCGACUAAGUAAAUUUAAUUAUCCAAUUUUUUCUGAUUAAAACACAAAAACAUUUUACGUUAAUUAUCUUUUCUUAGAAAAAGCGACUGACUACGGGCAUUGACAGUCAACAUGCAUAAUAAUGGUAGCGCUGUCAUUGAUUAAUACGAAGACAAUUAUAAAAAUACUUUAUGCUGAUUAAAACAAAAAUUCAGUAAUUUUUCCAUGAAGAGAAAUUACGAUUUUUGAUUGAAAAAUUA